AUGAGCGACGUUGCUGAUCUAUCCUCCGCGAUCGAUAGUGACACGUCUGGAGUGUCUUUCGAGCCUGACUUCGAUGCCACCGACGACUCCGACUCUGGGGACGCCUCAAAUUCGACCGGGCUGACUACCCCGGAACCUACCUGUCUUCCCGAUAACCGUACCGGGCGGCUAAAUUGUCUAACACAGCCUGUACGCUGCUCGACGGACACUGAUGUCUUGCCCGAUUUCAGUGAUGAUCCCGAUAACGACACCGACGAGGACCUUGCAGAUAUACCGCUUGAUUACGGGCGCUCCGACUAA